CCCAUGGGAAUUUCUCUCUCUAAGCAGUGUUCGAAGAACAUUACGUAACAUUCUAAAGAUGGUGCCCUAAUGCGCAGAAUCUUACCGCUCGAUCUGUGAUAUCGUAUCGUCGAAAUUUCAUAUUUCUGACCAAGAUGGAGGUUCCAGAGGAGGAUUCGGCGAGCACUUUCGCCGAAUUGGAUGUUGGGAAUACCGAAGAGUCUUUUCAGAGGUUUUUAGAUUCCCAGAAGGAGCUUUUUCAUGAGCAAAUUGAUCAGCUUCAGAAGAUUGUGGUCACACAAUGCAAACUCACGGGCGUAAAUCCUCUCUCUCAAGAAAUGGCAGCUGGUGCCUUGUCAAUAAAAAUCGGAAAACGACCAAGGGAUUUGCUAAACCCCAAGGCCGUGAAAUAUAUGCAAUCAGUUUUCUCUAUUAAAGAUACAAUUAGCAAGAAGGAAUCUCGUGAAAUCAGUGCUCUUUCUGGUGUUACGGUCACACAGGUUCGGGAGUUCUUUGCUAAUCAGCGUUCAAGGGUUAGGAAGCUUGUCCGCUUGUCAAAGGACAAGGUGAUCAAAUCCAAGGCAUGCAAUGCAUCUCAGGAUGAGUUCUCCACCAAUUCUGAUCCUGUCAUGCCUAUUUGUCCAAUUCCUUUGAACUCUGUGGCCCCUGACACUGUUCAAGAAGCACCAUCUUGCUCAUCACAGGAUGAAACUAUAUCAGGCAUAGACAGCUCUGAUAAAAACUUCCUUGAAAAUAUUUUUAAUUUGAUGAGGAAAGAAGAAACGUUUUCUGGGCAGGUGAAGCUGAUGGAGUGGGUACUGCAGAUACAAAAUGCUUCUGUAUUACUUUGGUUUUUAACUAAAGAUGGCCUUAUGAUUUUAGCAAAUUGGUUGAGCCAAGCAGUUUUAGAGGAACAAACAACAGUUCUUCUUGUCAUUUUUAAGGUUCUUUGUCACCUGCCAUUGCAUAAAGCUCUGCCAGUACACAUGUCUGCUAUAUUGCAAACUGUUAACAGGUUGCGGUUUUACCGGACAUCAGACAUAUCGAACAGGGCAAGGGUUCUAUUGUUGAGAUGGAGCAAACUAUUUGUGAGAAGCCAAGCUCUAAAGAAACCUACUUCCAUUAAUUCACCCAGUGAAGCACAUCAAGAGAUAAUCAGAAAGUUGAGGAUUGGUGAGACUCUCAGUGAUGAGGCAUGGAAGUCAAAAGAUAUUCCUGGGGAGAUUCUCACUCUCACUUUUGAAAGUUCAGAGACAAACAGGGAUUUGCAACCACUUCAAUCUGCAAAACUACUCCUUGCAUCUGCAGAUGAUUCAAACAGGAAGCAAACAAGGGGCAUAUUAUCAAAACAAACCAGAGAACGUAGGAAAGUCUUGCUGGUAGAACAACCGGGACAAAAAACAGGUGGAAGGAGCCAGAAAGCUGGAAAAGCUGUGCCUGCAAAGCAAUGCCGUCCAAUGUCAGCUGAUGAUAUCCAGAAAGCAAAAAUCCGAGCAAUAUUCUUGCAAAAUAAGCGUGGCAAGACUGGUUCAUCUUCCAGUGAGAACCUCCAACAGAAGACCGAAGAUCCAGUCAAAUCUUCUGUGUCUGAGAUAAGCAAUUUACUUUCUGCACAUAAAUCUCAUGUCAGGCCAAAACUUGAGGACUCUAAAUCUGAGGAGCUUGCCUCAAAAAUUUGUCCCAUUACUUUGGAAGCUCCAGCUGAUCUAAAGCCAAUCCUGGGGCCCCAGGCACCCCCACGAGAUAAUCUGAAGAGGGAUAGGAUCCCAUGGCAGACACCACCAGAGGUGAGGAUCAACAGUCUGUGGAGAGUCGGCACAGGGGGAAGGAGCAAAGAAGUUGAAGUUCAGACAGAGAGGUUGCGACGGGAGAAGGAAACUUUAUCCCACGACAUUCAAGAAGUCCCAUCUGAUCCCAAGGAACCAUGGGACCAAGAGAUGGACUACGAUGAUACAUUGACCCCAGAAAUCCCAAUUGAACAGCAACCAGAAGCUGAUGGUGCAGAAUCAUUGCCUACGCCUCGUGAAAUUAUUGAAGAUAAAUCUGCUGGCACACCAGUCGGACUUUGUAACGGGAGUGCUCCAGAACCGGACCUUGAGUUGCUUGCUGUGCUUCUCAAGAACCCGGAGCUGGUUUUUGCCUUGACAUCUGGUCAAGCUGGCAAUUUAACGAGUGAGGAAACAGUGAGGCUGCUUGAUAUGAUCAAGGCUAAUGGGAUGGGCUUAAACGUCUCUGGUGGAAACGUUGAACCAAAGGCAGAAGUCACAUCUCUUCCUUCCCCAACUCCUCCGUCGGACCCCAUAAUGAACCGAUGGAGACCAGAACCCCCCAAGGAUUUGUUACAGCAGCCAGCUCCAGCGGCCAACAGAAGUGGAACUGGUUUCCCAGCAAUUCCUGCAACCGUCCUUUCACCGGAGAAGCUUCCUGCUGCCGUGUCUGUGACUGUGAGGCCUCAAUUUCCAACUACUUCCACCAUCACAUCACCACAAAUGCCAACCGUCCUCAGUCCCUUGGCCCAACAGCCUCCACCAGCAUUGCAGCUACAAACAUCCCAUAAAGUCUUCGCUGCUGCGUUGCCUGAGAAGCAACUGCCCUCAGUGAAUCCCUCCAUAGACCAACAUCUAUCGUCCAUUCCCCUGUUACAACAGAACCACUUCCCUCCACAGAACUUGCAUGCAUCGGUCCCUCCACCGCUGCGCCCAGAAACAUCAAAUUUUGGUCAACUGCACAAUCCCAAGCCCCCAACCAUAUCAAUCGUCAUGAACCCACCAAAGGAGAGGCCAGCCGUUGCGAUUCCCCAGUUGCCACCUUUGUUGCCAACCCCGGCAAGGCCGCAGCCACCACUGCUACCAGAGCCUUCGAUCAUCUCGCCUCCAUACCACCACCACCACCCAUCUAUGCCACAGAAAGCUGUUAGCUCUGGAAAACAGGCCUCCAUCUCUGACUCCAGAAUGGGUGGGCAGGGUUCUGUAUCAAUCCCCUUUGUUCACGCUAACCAAAGCAAUUAUAAUGCGUUUGUCGCGCAGCCUCCCUUGAUGCCUCCUGGUCCACGCUGGGAGACAAACGAAAUUGCCGGUGAGCCGGAACUUGAAAUGUGGAGCCCGGAGAGGAGUCCAGUGAGGUCCCAAGAGUACCUGUUCGGACGGAAUUUUUCUGAGCCCAGAAGGGAUUAUGGUCGCAAUUCUAGUAGACCACCUGACUGGUCAAGACACCGGUACUCUGGGCACCGGGACCGUAGUAGGCAUGGAAGGUGGCGUGAUCGUAGGCACUGAGUCACCGACUAUGCCGACAACCUUGCUAAUAGGAAGGAUCAUUUAAUUGUAGUGUAGAGCUGUGAAUAGAUUCGGUCGUUAGGCAAUGAUGUUACAGAGAGCUGAUGAGAAACAACAGAGCAUCUAACAAAACUGGGGUCAGUUUCUCUUUAGAUUCUCCUUUCGUGAUUUUUUAAUGGAAAGACGUGAAUCGCACCCAAGAGAUCAUCGGCGGCCUGAGUCUCCUUUCAUAAUUUUUUAAUGAAAAGAAUUUGCAGAGCUUUCCGGUGGUACCAUUUCGUUUCAAAAGUUGAAAGCCCGAAAGAUCUCUCAUUUUAUCCUGUAAGAUGACUUAUUUGAUUUCUUCGGCUGGUCGCCUUUAGUAAAUGAGAGUGGCGAUGGUUGCCAAAGUCACUGAUUGAACUGUAAAGAUACUGAGUUAUUGAACAUGGGUCUGAUUGGAAAGCGCA